GGAAGCUUUGUCACUCACUCACGUCGCUGUGUUUUCAGGGAUUGUGGUGAUUGAAAGAGAUAGCCACUCGUGUUACUUAAUGUUCCUCGCCCUUUCCAGCUAUGAUCUGAGUGCCUCGGUUUAUGGAGACUUGUGUGCGUGUCAGAUGUUGGUGGCAGGGCGGAGAUGUUACAAAUGAGAAGCGGUAAAUUCGAGGAAAUAUACGGAUACGUCAAUAUGGCGACAGCUCCCUGCUCGUUUUGAAUCCACGACAAUUAAGCCCCCUGCCCUGGCGGAGCCCCAAGCUUCCCUGUGAAGGAGCACCAUGACAAGAUGGCACAGCUGCUUGUACCGCCCGGACCUGACAGCUUCUGCCGCUUCUGUCCCGACUCGCUUGCCGCCAUCGAAAGGCGCAUCACCGAGGAGGAGGCCCGGAAACCCCGCGUUGACCGCUGUAGCGACAGCAAUGACGACAACGAGCCCAAGCCCAACAGCGACCUGGAGGCGGGGAAGUCCCUCCCCUUCAUCUACGGGGACGUCCCACAAGGCUUUGUCUCCACCCCUCUGGAGGACCUGGACCCCUUCUACUCCAAUCAGAAGACAUUUAUAGUAUUGAAUCGCGGCAAGGCAAUCCGUUUCAACGCCACUCCUGCCUGUUACAUCCUAAGCCCCUUCAAUCCUCUACGGAGAAUAGCAAUUGCAGUUUUAGUACACUCGAUGUUCAGCAUGUUGAUCAUGUUCACCAUUCUGACCAACUGUGCUUUUAUGACUCUGAGCAACCCCCCGGACUGGGCCAAGAAUGUUGAGUACACAUUCACAGGGAUUUACACAUUCGAGUCUCUCAUUAAAAUCUUGGCGAGGGGGUUCUGUGUGGGGAAGUUCACCUUCCUCAGGGAUCCAUGGAACUGGUUGGACUUCAUGGUAAUCUCCAUGGCAUAUGUGACAGAGUUUGUGGACCUGGGUAAUGUCUCGGCCCUCAGAACCUUCAGGGUUCUCCGAGCCCUCAAAACUAUAUCAGUCAUCCCAGGACUAAAGACCAUCGUCGGCGCUCUGAUCCAGUCGGUCAAGAAGCUCUCCGARGUCAUGAUCCUCACCGUUUUCUGUCUCAGCGUCUUCGCCCUGAUUGGCCUGCAGCUCUUCAUGGGCAACCUGAGGCAGAAGUGUAUCCGCAACCUCGUCAAUGACACAACCCCCGACGACCGCCUGAACAGAACUCUGGGAACUCCAGACUUAAAUGGAACCGAUUUCAACGGAACCGAUUUCAACAUCACUAGCUCCGUGAACUGGACUGAGUACAUCAACAAUGAGAGUAAUUACUAUUACCUCCCCAACCGCAGGGACGCCCUCCUCUGUGGGAAUGGCAGUGGAGCCGGGUUGUGCCCAGAGGGAUUCACGUGCAUCAAGGCGGGCAGGAACCCAGACUACAACUACACAAGCUUCGACUCAUUUGGCUGGGCCUUCCUGUCCCUGUUCAGACUCAUGACCCAGGACUUCUGGGAAAACCUCUACCAACAGACCCUGCGAGCGGCGGGAAAGCCCUACAUGAUCUUCUUUGUGUUGGUGAUCUUCCUGGGUUCCUUCUACCUGGUCAACCUGAUCCUGGCUGUGGUGGCCAUGGCCUACGAUGAGCAGAACCAYGCCACSAUAGAGGAGGCAGCCCAGAAGGAGGAGGAGUUCCAGGCUAUGCUGGAGCAGCUCAAGAGACAGCAGGAGGAGGCAUUGGUUGCCGCGGCAGCAGCCACAGAGAGCCACGGAGAGUACAGCGAGAGAGGGGGGCCCUCCACAGAAGCCUCCUCAGGGACCUCCAAACUCAGCUCCAAGAGCGCCAAGGAGAGAAUGAACCAUCAGAAGAAGAGAAAAGAGAGGGGCGAGCACAAGAAGUUCCACAAGUCCGAGUCGGAGGACAGUACCAAGAGGUUAAGCUUCCGGUUUUCGAUAGAUGCCAACCGGCUGUCCUACGAGAAGAGAUGCUCCUCACCCAACCAGUCUCUCCUCAGUAUCCGCGGCUCCCUCUUCUCCCCGAGGAGGAACAGCCGAGCUAGCCUGUUUAGCUUCCGAGGCCGCGCCCGCGAUGUGGUCUCCGAUAACGACUUCGCCGAUGACGAGCAAAGCACGUUCGAGGACACCGACAGCCGCCGCGGCUCCCUGUUCGUGCCUUGCCGUAUCGAGCGCCGCUCCAGCACGGUCAGUCAGACUAGCCUGGCCCCUCAGCGCGUCCUGCUGCCCUCCAACGGCAAGAUGCACUGCACCGUGGACUGUAACGGCGUCGUCUCGCUAGUGGGAGUGACCUCGGUGCCCACCUCGCCUGUAGGACUGCUCCUGCCUGAGAGGACAACCACUGACUCUGAGAUGAGGCUGAAGAAGAGGAGGUCUCGCCAGGCUUCCAUGUCCUACCUAGAUGAGCCAGACAGAGCCAGAGCCAGAGCUAUGAGUGUGGCCAGUAUUCUCACCAACACCAUGGAGGAGCUUGAAGAGUCCAGGCAGAAGUGUCCACCAUGCUGGUAUAAGUUUGCCAACACCUAUCUGAUCUGGGACUGCUGUCCUAUGUGGUUGAGUUUCAAGGGGAUCGUCAACACAGUGGUGAUGGACCCCUUCGUGGACCUGGCCAUCACRGUCUGUAUCGUCCUCAACACCCUCUUCAUGGCCAUGGAACAUUAUCCCAUGACCAAGGAGUUCAAUCAUGUCCUCUCUGUCGGGAACUUGGUGUUUACAGGCAUCUUCACGGCUGAGAUGGGUUUCAAGCUAAUCGCUCUGGACCCCUACUACUACUUUCAACAGGGAUGGAACAUAUUUGACGGCAUCAUCGUCAGUCUGAGUCUGAUGGAACUCGGCCUGGCCAAUGUAGAGGGCCUGUCUGUGCUCCGGUCUUUCCGAUUGUUGAGGGUGUUCAAGCUGGCCAAGUCUUGGCCCACCCUGAACAUGCUGAUCAAGAUCAUCGGUAACUCGGUGGGAGCGCUGGGUAAUUUGACACUGGUCCUAGCCAUCAUCGUGUUCAUCUUCGCCGUGGUGGGCAUGCAGCUGUUCGGCAAGAGCUACAAYGAGUGUGUGUGUAAGAUCGCAGACAACUGCCAGCUGCCGCGCUGGCACAUGCAUGACUUCUUCCACUCGUUCCUCAUCGUGUUCCGGGUGCUGUGUGGGGAGUGGAUCGAGACCAUGUGGGACUGCAUGGAGGUGGCUGGUCAGAGCAUGUGCCUCAUCGUCUUCCUGAUGGUCAUGGUUAUAGGGAACCUGGUGGUCCUGAAUCUGUUCCUGGCCUUGCUGCUCAGCUCCUUCAGCGCCGACAACCUGGCGGCCACGGACGACGACAGCGAGAUGAACAACCUGCAGAUCGCUGUGGGCCGCAUCCAGAGGGGCGUGGCCUGGGUCAAGGUGGCCAUCCGCCAGGUUAUCCAGAGCCUGGUCCUCGGGGGCGGAGCCACCAAAGGGGUCAAGGGGGGGUCACUGGAGGGGGGUAAGACCCUGGACGAGCUCCACAGCUCCAUCAACGGCAAGGGGGGCAACUGCAACUCAAAACACAUGUUGGUCGAGAUCACUAAAGAUCCGAGUGGGGUCUAUCUGAAGGAGGGGAACGGGCGGCCCGGAGGGGGGUUGGGGGUGGGGCUAGGAGACAGUACGGAGAAUUACCCACAGGAGGAGUGCAACUACAUGUCGUUCAUCCACAACCCCAGCCUGACGGUGAGCGUGCCCAUCGCGGUGUGCGAGUCGGACUUUGAGACCACUAUCACGGAGGACUUCAGCAGCGACUCGACCUCCGAGGAAAUGUCGAUGGGCAGCAAAGAGUUGGUGCAGGGAAUGGUCCCCCCUCCGGUCCCCUUCAUAGCAGCCCCUCCCAACUCCAUCGGUGUUGGAUCCAAGGUGCUGGGUAAUGGAACGGGCGGACCCCGAUCUAGACGUCCGCGGGAGGCCAACAAGUUAUCCAGCCGGAUAGACAAGUCCACCAGCUGGUCCAGGUUGAGAGUGGUGUCCCUAAAGACCAGCUCCCUACGAACGUCCUCUCGCUGUGUGCUCAGGUUCCAGUGUUGCCAGGUGAACGUUGAGGAGGGCAAGUGGAAGAUGUGGUGGACCUUGAGGAAGACGUGUUUCAUCAUCGUGGAACACAACUGGUUCGAGACCUUAAUCAUUUUCAUGAUCCUGCUCAGCAGUGGCYCUCUGGCGUUUGAAGACAUUUACAUAGAACAGCGGAAGACCAUUAAAAUUGUGCUGGAGUACGCAGACAAAGUCUUCACCUAUAUCUUCAUCCUGGAGAUGCUGCUGAAGUGGGUGGCCUAUGGAUUCAAGAAGUACUUCACCAACGCCUGGUGUUGGCUGGACUUCCUCAUUGUUGAUGUGUCUCUGGUGAGCUUGGUAGCCAAUGCGUUAGGCUACUCUGAGCUGAGUGCCAUUAAAUCCCUACGAACACUGCGGGCCUUAAGACCCCUGAGGGCCUUGUCACGGUUCGAGGGCAUGAGGGUGGUGGUGAACGCCCUCCUGGGUGCCAUUCCGUCCAUCAUGAACGUGCUGCUGGUGUGCCUCAUCUUCUGGCUCAUCUUCAGCAUCAUGGGUGUCAACCUGUUCGCAGGGAAGUACUACUACUGCGUCAACACCACCAACGACGAGACCUUUCCCAUCGAGGUGGUCAACAACAAGAGCGACUGUCUGGCCCUGGCCAAUGACAGCGCCCGAUGGAAGAAUGUCAAGAUCAACUUUGAUAAUGURGGGGCCGGGUACUUGGCCUUGUUGCAAGUGGCAACGUUUAAAGGUUGGAUGGACAUCAUGUACGCAGCUGUGGACUCUCGUAAUGUGGAACUUCAGCCCCAAUAUGAACAGAACCUCUACAUGUAUCUGUACUUUGUCAUCUUCAUCAUCUUUGGCUCCUUCUUCACUCUCAACCUCUUCAUUGGUGUCAUCAUUGACAACUUCAACCAACAGAAGAAAAAGUUUGGAGGUCAGGACAUCUUCAUGACAGAGGAACAGAAGAAAUACUACAAUGCCAUGAAGAAGCUUGGCUCCAAGAAACCCCAGAAGCCUAUUCCCAGGCCAACGAAUGCAUUSCAAGGCUGUGUGUUUGACUUCGUAACGAAGCAGGCUUUUGACAUUGUCAUCAUGAUCCUCAUCUGCCUCAACAUGGUCACUAUGAUGGUGGAAGAGGACGACCAGACACCAGAGAGGGAAAAUAUCCUCCACUGGAUUAACUUUGUCUUUAUAGUGCUCUURACUGGGGAGUGUACGCUCAAAAUGAUAUCCCUCCGCCAUUACUACUUCACCAUUGGCUGGAACGUGUUUGACUUUGUCGUUGUCAUCCUUUCAAUCGUAGGUAUGUUUUUAUCAGAAUUGAUUGAGAAGUACUUUGUUUCCCCAACGUUAUUCCGAGUCAUCCGACUUGCCAGAAUCGGCCGCAUCCUKCGUCUCAUCAAGGGCGCRAAGGGCAUCCGGACGCUUUUGUUCGCCUUGAUGAUGUCACUUCCUGCCCUGUUUAACAUUGGCCUCCUGCUCUUCCUGGUCAUGUUCAUCUACGCCAUCUUCGGCAUGUCCAACUUCGCCUACGUCAAGCACGAGGCGGGAAUCGARGACAUGUUCAACUUCGAGACGUUCGGCAACAGCAUGCUCUGCCUGUUCCAGAUCACCACGUCGGCGGGCUGGGACGGCCUCCUGGCGCCCAUUCUCAACAAGAAGGAGCCCGACUGUGACAGCCAGAUGGAGCACCCYGGCACCUUGUACCGGGGAAACUGCGGCAACCCGCCAGUGGCCAUGUUCUUCUUCGUCAGCUACAUCAUCAUCUGUUUCCUCAUCGUGGUCAACAUGUACAURGCRGUCAUCCUSGAGAACUUCAGCGUGGCCACCGAGGAGUCGGCCGAGCCGCUGAGCGAGGACGACUUUGAGAUGUUCUARGAGGUGUGGGAGCGCUUCGACCCGGACGCCACMCAGUUCGUGGAGUACSACAAGCUGUCGGACUUUGCAGACGCGUUGGACCCGCCGCUGCGAAUGGCCAAGCCCAACCACAUCCAGCUGAUCAAAAUGGAUCUGCCCAUGGUCAGCGGGGAGCGCAUCCACUGCCUUGACAUCCUGUUUGCCUUCACCAAGCGUGUCCUGGGAGAGGGRGAAGGCUUGGACCUCCUCCGGGGCCAGAUGGAGGAGCGCUUCAUGGCCUCCAACCCCUCCAAAGUCUCCUARGAACCCAUCACCAGUACCCUGCGGCGCAAGCAGGAAGACAUGUCUGCCUUGGUGAUCCAGAGGUCAUUCAGGCGCUACCUGGCCCGACUCGCUCUGAAGAAAGCAGCAGAGCUCUACAAGAAGCAGCCUAAAGGCAGUGUGAUGUAUGAGCUGGAGGACAAGGAGGUGCUGGUGAUAGGACAGUCCGCGGACAACUCCACCCUCACUGAGAAAACGGACAUGACGCCCUCCACCGCCUCGCUGCCUUCGUACAACAGUGCCACAAAUUUGGAAAAGGACCAAUAUGAGAAGGAAAAGAGGGAGAAAGAGAACAGAGACAAAGAUCUGAGAGAGCAAAAUAAAUAAGCGAACAAAAGGACAAAUGAUGAGUACUAAGACGUUCGCUUUGAAGAAAAACGUGUUUACAGAUUUGGAGGACCGAUGUAUGCUAAUGUCUUGGUGGAGGGGGUGUGGUGGUGUUGGGUGCUAGGCCAAACUGAUGUGUAGCUAGCUAAGGCUGAGGCCUGAGAGCAGGAUUGGAGCCAUUUAAGGGGACUGUUCCAGGGGGUUACAUAGUUACAAGGCAGGGGAAGAUAGCCGCUUGUUAUGUAUCACUGCCAGGAGUAAGUGAAAGACGGCAACUCAAAAAGCCAUUGCGAAACCGCUUGUGAUUUUCUGUAGAGUGUUACUAUCUGACACACAUGAGUAUACUGUGAAGUUUUCUGUAGCUAGUGCUGCUGCUACCAUUAUACAUCCAGUGUCUUGAAUAACGAUCGCCGUGUUACUUAAGGUUCUUGCAUUUUUGUAUAAUUUCAUUUUUUUAAUGGUAAGGAAUGUUUUAUCGUGUAAUUGUGAGAAUGUGUCCYCUGCUUUUCACGGUUGUAAAAACACCAUGUACAGCAAAACUCAGCGACUAAACAAAUCCAUGUUCCAACACUAAUGCCACAUACGUUUUGUUACUCCCAGAACUCUUUGUGCUCAGGCCAAGGUUUUGUGUAUCCCUCUGGGAAUAAGCAUAGGUACUGUAUAUGUAACUAACCGGGUCUCCUGCACACCACAAGACUGUGCUAGCCCGCUGAGGUAAGGUCUGAGACUUAGCUCGGGGAGCUAACCCAGGUCUUCAGGUCUCAGGCAAGGUUACUCAUCACGUGAACGUUACAUUAUGCACAAGCUUAAUUCCACAACCUAUCAUCGGUGACACUUGGUAAAGAUAUAUCUUGUACAUCUAUAUGAAUUGCUGUUGUUCUCCCCUCGCUGUUUCUAUGAACAUGCCCACGGACACAGAGAUCCUGAAUGUAUGUCAACAGAUUCAUUGAGAGGGAUUCAAUGAGAUCUUCAUUUUCGUAGACAUUCAUUGUCAUAAAGCAAUGUGUCCGACAGAUGUAUUUCAAUAUCUCUCUCUCUCUCUCUCUCCACUCCUUGUUUCUGUCGAAGCACUCUUGUAAAGAAAGAUGACUAACAAAAAUAUAAUAAAGGGAACACAUUGAUGGUC